CCCUGGCCCUGGGAACCGCUGUUGACCCCACUCUGCGUGUCUGCCGGAACCUGGCUGGCAGCGCUACUUGCUGCCCCGCCAGGCCGAGUGAGGGCGGAGCCGGGCCUCCAGCCGCCAGGACUGGAGCCGCGGGAGGUGGAGCCCCGGUCCGGAAACCGGGGAUCCGCGGCCAUGACGGUGCCGGUCCGCGGCUUCUCGCUGCUCCGCGGCCGCCUGGGCCGAGUGCCGGCGCUGGGCAGAAGCACAGCACCCUCCGUAAGGGCACCGGGAGAGCCCGGGAGCGCGUUCCGCGACUUUCGGAGCAGCAGUGUGAGGACCAGCAGAGAGAAGAGAUUCCAUCUUCCAGAGGUUGCCACUGUCUGCCUCCCCACUUGUCCCCAUCCACAGUCAUCUUUUUUAUAUAUAUAGUGACACAUUGGUUGUCUAGUUGUUCAUAGUUAAGGUGAUUUAAGUCUGACAUCAUUUCUUUUGCCAUGAAAUUUACACCUUAGUGUUAUUCUCACUGAAAAUUGCCUUUAAGUUUGAUAAACCCUUAUCUCAGUGAUAUUGACUGUUUUUAAGAGAUUUAUCACGAUUUCUGAGCUAUGUAGAGCCUUAAUUAAAAAAGUAUCUUUGAUUAUUUUUUCAUAUUUUGGCCACAUACCUAUAAUAAUGGAAUAUUUACAAUACUUUUUAGUGGAGAAUUUUUUUAAGUAGAAUUUCAAUAAAUAAUGUUUGAUGGAGUUUGGAAGUUAUCGUAUUUUAAAGUAUCAUUUAAUGUUUUCCUCUCAGUGAGUUUUCCUUUAAAAUUUGCAAUGAAUUUGUUUUCCUGUUUAUGCAUGAGAAUUUAGGUCUUAUUAAUUGGGAGAAAUUAAUGUUAAAGUAGUAAAUAAGCCCUUCUUGUUGCAGCUUACUGUUUCUUGAAAUGAAUUAACUAUCCAGGCAAAAGGUUAAAAAUGAAAAAAAAAAAGUCUUUGUAACUAAAUUUUUCCCAUUUUGUUGUGGUGCGUGAGCAGUUUACAAAUCAAAACAUCCUUGGUUAAAAGUCAUCACAUGAGUUUGUGCCCAGUGCUUUUCAGUGUGAGGAGCCUGGUAGCAGCCUAUCCCAUUUGGGUGGGAAGGUUAUAGACCUUGCCAUGCUCAAAGCAGAUUUGAAGGUGUCCUGCAACAUGGGCACUUUCACAAACCCCGCUUUGGCUUAUUCUAACUGAACUACUUAUUUUAAUUAACUAAAUGGAUAUCCCAAGUAUUCCAUGUUUAUCCUGUUGCUCAGUGAAUCCUCAGAUCGUUAAUUUGGUAGAUUCUCUUUUUUCUCCUCAUCCUAUUACUUCUUUUAGCUUUAAAAAAAAAAUGCGUACUGCCUACAGGUCUUUUGGAAGUUUCACCUUUCUCUUUGUCGCACUGGCAUCGACUUUAUAAUUUUUGCAGCUAGACCACAUUUUUAAAAAAUCUACAUUUUUGGAAGUAGUAAAAGAUACUUAUUUGUGUUAUUUAAGUAUUCAUGUCUUUUACCAUGGGUAGUUAAGUUUAAUAAUUAAGAAAGACACAUUUUAUCAGUACCAAUGUUCAUUUUUUUUCCAGACUCUUCCUUCUACUACUUACUCUGUAUUUCUGUCUCUUCUAAUGACUAGGAAAGGCAGUUUCUCAAAAUCAUCUUCUAUUUUGUUGGCAAAUUUGAUAAUGUGGUGGUGUUCCUAUCCUCCUGCUAUACCUGUUCUACUGAAAAUGAGAUAUAAUAGCCAUCUGGCUACAAUUUUGAUUUCUAAGAAAUUCUUAUGUCAUUUUAAAUUCAAAAACUAAAUAUUUCAACAUUUGGUCUCUCAUAAGUUUUAUUUUCUUUGUUCCAGCUGUUCAGAAAUAGUGUGUUCUAAUAUCUCCACAAUCAAGAUUUUUGACUAAAAUGGAUCAGUAGAUGAAAAAGAGGGACUAGUAGUAAUUUUAGAUCUCGUUAGUUAAUCAUGAUCUUACUAAUAAUUUGGCAAUUUCUUUAAUGACCCAAAUCUUUGUUGUUCAAAUGUCUUGAAGUUGUUAUUCUUUCAUAUUAGUACUCUGAUGGGAGGAUGAAAACAGAAAGGAGCAACACCAGGUGAUCUUUUCAUGGGCACAUACUCUUUCAAGAAAUCCCAUGGAACUCCUGAAAUUACACUUUGGCUUAGAGAUAAUUAAGUUGUGGAAGGAGGUUUAAGAGAGGAGCUUAGGUGAAAUUUGAGCUGUAAAUGAGUAUGCUAAAUUAAAGAAAUGGUUAGUAAUAAGUGGUAUUUGCUAUUAAGAAAUUCACUUGGGAUUUGAGAAAACAUUUUACAUGCAAGGUAGAAAACUUUAUGGUCAGAAUAGAACACAAUCUGAACCUAAAUUAACAGUAGUGUUAAAGAAUUCAGGCCAGGAUAUUAUCCAAGAAGGCUUAGCCAGCUGCUCCACUUAAGGUUACAUCAUAAGUGGUUUCUGUGUUGCUAUUGUUUUUAUUAGCAUUUCAAUGACUACAUCGUAGUAUAUUAAAUCAAUUCGCCCUAACUUACCUAA